AUGCAUGAUGCAUCACUCAUACUCACUCACAAAACUUGUUCUAUUUUCCUCUUCUACAUAUCUAAGCUCUUGUUUCUCCAUAUCGAUGUCUUUCACAGCCUCACCAUCUAUAAUAAGAAACUCCAAUUCAUGGCCCAAAAACAUGGUUGUUUGUGAUAUGCCUCAUCAUGCUUGUAGAGACAGCUCUUUCUUUCCAAACAAAGGCAUUUCUAAAGCCCGACGUAAUCUUCAAAAUCAUUUGACCGUCGCAAAUGUUGCCAGUCCAUUGCAUGUAACUGCUCCACCACCGGAGAAACCUCCGGGGACCACCGGUGGCCGCCAACACCAUGUUGCAUGGACUAGUAUCUCCCAAGAGAGAUGGGAAGGAGAACUUCUUGUUCAAGGACAUAUUCCACUCUGGCUGAAAGGAACGUAUCUAAGGAAUGGCCCGGGCAUGUGGAACAUAGGAGACUACAACUUCAGGCACCUUUUUGACGGGUACGCCACCUUGGUCGGGCUUUACUUUGACGACGGGCGAUUAAUCGCCGGCCACCGACAAAUCGAAUCUGAAGCCUAUCAAGCAGCAAAGAAGAAUCAAAAGAUAUGUUACCGUGAAUUUUCAGAAGUGCCUAAGGCUGAAAAUUUCUUGGCUUAUGUGGGGGAGCUAGCAAGCCUUUUCUCCGGUGCUUCGCUGACCGACAAUGCCAACACCGGAGUGGUGAAGCUCGGUGAUGGAAGGGUGGUUUGUCUGACGGAGACACAAAAAGGGUCCAUAGUGGUAGACCCUAACACAUUGGAGACAAUUGGCAAAUUUGAGUAUAGUGAUUCUUUAGGAGGUCUCAUUCACUCUGCACACCCUAUUGUGACGGAUAAUGAGUUUUUAACGUUGAUCCCUGACCUUGUGAAAUCAGGUUACUUGGUGGUGAGGAUGGAACCUGGCUCUAAUGAGAGGAAGGUUAUAGGUCGGGUCGAUUGUCGGGGCGGAUCAUCGCCCGGUUGGGUCCAUUCUUUCCCUGUUACUCAACACUAUGUUAUUGUGCCUGAAAUGCCAUUGAGGUAUUGUGCUCAGAAUUUGCUCAGAGCUGAACCAACUCCAUUAUACAAAUUUCAGUGGCAUCCUGAGUCCAAAGCUUUUAUGCAUGUUAUGUGCAGGACUAGUGGAAACAUUGUGGCAAGUGUGGAAGUGCCUUUGUUUGUUACUUUCCAUUUCAUAAAUGCAUAUGAAGAGCAAGAUGAAGAUGGGAGGGUGACUGCUGUCAUUGCUGACUGCUGUGAGCACAAUUCAAACACUUCCAUUCUUGAUAAGCUUAGAUUACAGAACCUUCGCUCAUUUAAUGGCAAUGAUGUUCUACCAGAUGCUAGGGUUGGUCGGUUCAGAAUACCACUGGAUGGAAGUCCAUAUGGAACAUUAGAAGCAGCAUUGGAUCCAAAUGAACAUGGAAGAGGCAUGGACAUGUGUAGCAUAAACCCUAAUUAUUUAGGGAUGAAAUACAGAUAUGCCUAUGCUUGUGGGGCACACCGCCCUUGUAACUUCCCAAACACCCUCACCAAGAUUGAUCUACAAUUGAAAAGGGCUAAGAACUGGUAUGAAGAUGGUGUUGUGCCCUCAGAACCAUUCUUUGUGCCUCGACCAGGAGCAACUGAGGAAGAUGAUGGUGUAGUAAUCUCCAUAAUCAGUGAGAAAAAUGGAGAAGGAUAUGCAUUGGUGUUAGAUGGUUCCACUUUUGAAGAGGUAGCUAGGGCUAAGUUCCCUUAUGGACUUCCAUAUGGGUUACAUGGAUGCUGGGUUCCAAAACAGUAAAAGACUACUCAGAGAAAAACACCGCAACUACUUGCAAGCAUCACAUCUGUACAAUAUAUAUUCUACAACUAUCUAUCUAUAAAAUAGCAAUUAUACAGCAUUUUAAAAUUAUAAUUCAUGUAAAACUCAAGAACGUAUAUAUCAAAUUAGCAAUUAUACAGAUUCCAAAUCUUGGUUAUUUGCGAAUA